GCGACGGACAAUAACUAAAAGGACGACCUACAAUAUGUUAUAGCUAAAGCUAUAACGUGUUUAUUUAUUUUCUUAAAUAAUGAUGUGGGUCGCCAGGCGGUUUCUGUCAUCGGUGGCUCAGAGAGGUCAGUCUGGCUUGUUUCGACGUCCUCAACACGGCUGCCUGCCCGAGCUGGAGCCCCGGUAUCUGCAGUGCACAUGCUGCUGGAGGAGCCGUAUUCCCGUGGCCGGCUUUGAGACCUUGAAUGCCUCCAUCGCCGCCUCUGUACCCUGCAGAGACGCCGACAGCAAACCUCUGGAUGACUGCUAUACUUCCGAGGAGCGAGAUGCCAUCCUGCGGCUGCUCAACACCGCCACACAGGCAGAGCUGGCCGGUGUCAAACUGCUGCGGGGCCGCAAGUCGCUCAACAUUGUAGAGUAUAGGACCAAGAAUGGACCUUUUAAAAGCCUGGAAAGUGUCGUGAAUGUCCCCCUGCUGAAGCACAAAAGUGCAGUCAUUGUCUUCAAUUCAAUUCUCAACCCGGUUAAGAAAGAGAGGAAAGUAAAGAUUCAGCUGGCCAAGUUCAUCAGGCCAGAGGUGGACAGGUCCUGGCUGGAGGAUGCCAGUUCCAUAGUGUCUUUAAUCUGUGGGACUAAUAAAAUCGCUUGGGCACACGUCGAUCGUGGGAUGACAGUUCAGGAUUGGCAGCAGCUGGAAUGUCCUAAUUUCCUGAAGGGAACAUACAUAGCAUCUGCUUACCUGACUGAUGUUUCUGCAGUUGUGGAUCUCCUUCCUUCAGCUGACUUCUACAUUAUUGAGAAACCCUCCAUCUCUGUCCAGAAUACUGCUCUGUUCCCUGUCAUGGCCCACUUGAGGACAGUGGAGGCCAUGCUCUUCGCUCUGCUGGAGCCCAGGAACACACAACCAGAGUCCAACAUUCCUCCCAGAGUUUUAAAUAUGAUGCGUACUGCUGUGGGACGCCACUUUGGACUCAUGGUGGGCGAGUCACGGACGAGCGGGGCACAGACUGUGCGACAGCUGAUGACAGAAUCUGUGACUCAGAAGUUUCCCAGGAUAAACUUCCCUUCGGAGAUGCUGGUGAAGUACAGGAAUUCGUUCCAGAUGGGCAGCCGAAGGGGUGGAGAUGAACUCUGUGACGCUCUACUUCAGGCUGUGGCUUUUUAUGAGCUGCUCAGUGAAUCCUCUACAUAACCACAUGGACUGGUCAUGGACCCCCAUGAUGCACUACACUCAUGUGUUUCCAGAGCCCCUCUAGAACAUUUGAGAUAUUCACGUUGAACUGGUUUUGUGGUGCUUGAUGCUAUUGUUCAAAAUUUUGAAUAUUUGUACUGUUACAAACACUCGGGACUGCUUUUUGGGGAUGUUAAACAUAUGGGUAACAAACCUUGUGUUUUAUUUGUAUCUUUGGUUUAUUUGGACAGUUUCAUAAAGACAAAGCUGCCUACUA